ACAAGAUCUUAUAAUCCGGAGCUCUGUAUAUUCUGGCAAUUUCUAAAUCCUGUUUCAAGCUCCGAGACCGCCAUGGUUCGCCAUACUCUUGAGUACCCGAAGGACAUUCACAACACAGUGAACAGAUACAAGCAUCAAGCUGUUUACUCUCUGACAACGAUCCACACAUUCAUCAAUACAACUCCUGUUCUCCAUGCAAACACUAACUUGCACAAGGUCUCCUUCUCACCGUCGCCAGAAGAUCCCUUCCCCGUGAUUCUACCUCUUAUUGGACAGAUGGGCUCGUUUUCUCGACCAUCUGCGUCCCUUGGUGAUCCGCUAGAGUGUUACCUCCAUGGCUAUGUCUCGUCUCGCAUAAUGAACCUCAGUCGCGCGUCAGGAGGAAAGGGACUUCCCAUUUGCAUUGCAGCUUCAAAAGUCGAUGGGCUUGUCUUGACCCUUACCCCAAACUCCCACAACUACAACUACCGUAGCGCUGUGCUGUUCGGCCAUGCGACACUGGUAGAAGACCUAGAUGAGAAGCUCUGGGCUAUGGAGCUUAUCACUAACUCUGUUGUCCCAGACCGCUGGAGACAUACCAGGCUGCCGCCUAACGCAGCUGAAAUGCAAAGUACUCAGAUCUUAAGGGUCAAAAUCGACAGUGGCAGUGCAAAAGUUCGAGAAGGUGUGCCCAAUGAUGAGAAAGGAGACCUUGGCAACAAGGAAGUACUUGGAAGUGUGUGGACUGGCGUCUUACCAUUGUACGAGCAGUUUGGAGAGCCGGUCCCUGGUCCGUAUAAUGAGGUUGCUGAAAUACCCGCGCAUGUUUUAGAGUACAGGGAGAGCUUGAACAAGAGGAACUUUGAGUAUGCAGGAGCUGCUGCUAGAAAGGAUGCGCCAGUGAAGAAGAAAGAACCUGGCGAGGAGGACUAGCUCUCGAAUGGAAUACAAGCACAUUUUGAGCAUGGCCCUCAUCGCGAGGAUGUUUUCAAUUGUUGCAUUCAUUUGAUAUCCGC